UAUAGAAAUGAGGUUGUGUUCCUGACCUUCCCAAAAUAAUGCAAUUAUUUGAAAUUAAGACUCAAUUUGUGUCUUUUAUUCAUAGAUGACAUAUGAGUUCAUUCAUAAAAUAUGGAAGAACUCAGCCCAUGGAUGGAUUUGGCUGAGCUACCAGCAGAUCCUCCAGAAAUGAGACAAGUCUGUGCUGAAUGUGGCAGGCCAAGUGUUGUAUGUUGGUGCAGUAGCUUGCCUGAAGUUCCCCUAAAAAUAAAGUCAAGAGUGAUUAUCCUUCAACAUCCUGCUGAAGAAAAACGAUGUUUAAGAACUGCACCUAUGCUUCAGAGGGGACUUGCUGAAGGAAAAUGCUUAGUAUUCAGAGGAAAAAAGUUUCCUCAGAAUAAGCAUGAAGGACUAGCAGAUAUUUUGAGAAUGUCAAAUACGAUACUUUUGUACCCAUCAAAAGAUGCUGUUGAUUUGGAAACUGUGCCAAAAGUUGAUUCUGAAGAAAAUGGCUACAAUAUUGUUAUUAUAGAUGGAACUUGGCCACAAGCAAAGGGCAUUUAUAAUAAUGCUCCUAUUCUGCAUGGUAUAAAGCAGGUGAAGCUGCUUGUAAAAAAUAAAAGCGAGUAUGUGAUACGAAGUCAACCAACUGAUGGUUGUUUGUCGACUCUGGAAACUGCAACAGAGGCACUUUCUGUACUUGAGUCUGUUGAUUAUAGGUCAACAUUGCUUCAGCCUUUAAGAGCACUUUGCUGUUAUCAAUUGAAUCAUGGAGCUGUAAUUCAUGACAGCACUGAUUUUAGGAUAAAAACUAACACUUAUCCUCGAAGAUUAGGAAAAAGAUUGAAUAAAUUUCUUAAGGAAUUUAAUUAGAAGUUAAGAAUAAUUGUCAACAAUUGGCGAAAACGGUUUUCUAUUUUGAAGAUUUUUAUGUUUUAUUUUUUAUCAACUAUUUGAUAUUUUAUCACCACAUUUUUUCCUAUUCUUAUAGGUUUAAAGGAAAAAAAUAACACAUUUUUGCUAGUCAUUUACUUUUAAUCCAAGACCAAUUUGGAUGGUUAUCAAUUUUGUGAUUUUUUUAUAUGAUUAUAGAAGAUCAAUUGUGCAAAACAAAACAUUGAUCAUCUCAAAUCAUUUU